CCCGUCUCUCACUCAGCUGCCACUCUCCCACCCUCUCUUACAUAGCCUCCCGCCUACAUCCUGCCGCUACGCCCUUCAGCCUUCCCUAACCUUCCAUCUCCAUCCCCUCCUCCUCUCCCCUCGCUCGUCCGAUGGUGCACAAGCGCGUGCACAACCUCCUACCGUGCCGCGCCCGCAGCGCCUCUCUCUCCCCCCUCUGAGACAUCCAUGACACAGCAUGUCCAUCUUCUCCCGCAAGAGCAAGGCCGCGCAGCCGCAGGCGGCGAGCGGAAAGAGCAAUGGCCACGCUUAUCCGAAGGACCCCAAGGCCAAUGCGAAAGCCGUCCCGGCCGCCUACGAGCCCCCGCUCGACCCCAUUGUGCAACGCAUGGCCAUCCAGGCCGCCAGUCGAAAGCGCAUGAAUAGCGAGACCCCCGACUACUCCAUCCAGAGCGCCUCCUCCAGCCCUGUCAUCCCGCGUCAAGACUUCACCCGAGACGUCUCGCCCUUGUCCUCCCCCAACAGACUCACCAAGAGCAGCACCAAUGUCUCCACCGCCUACUCGCGAAGAGCCGAUCCCGACACCCAAAAGAUGCGCAUGCCCCCGCGUGACUUGCUUCACCACCCCAAACCCCAUGUCUCCCAGGACUCGGGCUACGCCUCGGUCGGCCACGCUUCCACCAUGGACUCCCGCUCCGUGCACCCGCUCAACGAUCCCGAACUCCUCCGCCGUCAUCGCAGAAUUAAUGCUUCUCUCCCGAGGGGAGACGAUGCGCCACUCCCUCCCCACACCCAAUCCCUCACGAGCAACAGCAUUCCGAUGAAGGCUCGCACUGCCCCAUCCACCCCGAACAAGCGCGAUUCCCAGGUCACCGACACGACCCCAUACGUAUCCAGGUUGGAUCCCGGCUCUGCCAGUGGCUCCUUCCGGGGAGGCGACCCCGUCGUGCCCGUGGUGUCAAGGCGAAGACCGAGUGAGGAACGAGGGGGCUACAUCCCGUCACAAGUCUCUCCGAGGCAGUCACCGCGGGGCGCAUCGGGCAGACGACCCGAUUCGGCGAGGCGAGAGGAAGAGUUCGCAGCGAAGCCUACGCCGAACAUGAGCCGACCGCGUGAAUCGCCGCACCGACCCGCGAAACUCGAGCUGCUGACGAAUUCGGGCUCGCCGCAGUCUCAACCCAGGCGGAUAGAGCAGCGGGAUGCCACUGCAAUCUCCCUUGCACAACGAACGAGAGAUCAGGAGAUGCCGAUUCCGCGCAGCGGCCUAUCCUACGAUGGUCACACCCUCGCCAUGGCUGCCGCCGCCACUGCCACCGCUGCUGCUAUUGGCCACACUGCACUUGCUGUGGACCAGCAUGCAGACAAUGCACGCUCGUCGUACUCCUCCAAUGCCACCUACGUCACUCCACGAGAAACAACAAUGACCUCUCUCGAGGAGCCGCAUGCCCCGGCUCUCACAAGUCAGGCUGCCCGCUCCUCUACCGACUCUGGGAAGCAGGCCAUUCCCAUCGAGUGGUCGAAUCCCUUAGCCAAAUCUGGCUCAGGUGAUGCGCCGAACCUUGUCGAGCCACAGGAAGAAUUUCCGUACCUGGCCGGCAUCAGCCAGGCUGCAGCGCUGCCUUCAUCCUCCUCGCUCGAAGGGUUCAAAGUGAAUAGUAGAGGGCAGAUUCUUGACGAAGAAGGCGAAGUCAUCGGCGAGCUGGCUUCGGGUGAGAUUGCACAUUGCGUGCGACGCAGAGUGAAUGCCCGCGGCGAGAUCGUCGAUGACUCGGGACGGGUAGUUGGAACGGCCGUGGCGAUCACGCAGCCGCGAGCGGCUACGGAUGAUGAUAAGCCACGGGCGAACUUUGCCAAUGAACUGGUUAUGAGUCCGCUCUCCCCCGGAACGAUGAUGAUGGAACCGGUGGGGAUCUCCGAGGAAAGACGAGAAAUCGCCAGCACCUUCUCCAGGCAGCCUCGCUUGUCGCAGCGUGCCAACAGCGUGCCGGGGCGACCAUUGAACAACUCCGACUCGAAUGGCAAUACGGUGUAUUUCGAACUCGACGCUUCGGCAGACAGCCAAGCAGCCCCGCUCAUGGACCAGAGCGAUAUUUUCAUCCCGCCGUUCGGUGAACCUGCAGGGGAAAACAGCAGAUCGAGGAGCGCGACCAAUUUGACGGAAAUCAAGCGCAUUGCCGAAGGGCGACGCUCGACGAUGACGGCAUCUUCGCAAGCACCAUCUGCAAGCCUGGAAGACAGGCGUGGCUCGACAUGGUCCUCGCGUUACUUUGACGCGGAGACGAAGCGCAGGUCUGUCGCCGCGUCCACGGCGGGAGGCGCGGAGCAGCGCACUCGUUCCCUCUCCAACCUCGCCAACGGUGCCCCAAAGGCCGUGCUCGGUCCGACGAUGGAAUCUCUCCUGGACACCGUGCCUGAUCCGAACCAGAGUUCCUCGGGAAAGCAGGCGCACAAAUCCGUCAUCCUAGACAUGUCCGGGGCGAAAAUGGCAUCGCAGUCUUCGCUGCGCUUACCCGGUACAUCUCCCGCGCGAGCAGAGACGAUGCCCGUGAUGGCCAGCGGGUCCGGGGGAAAGCUGGUGUCGAGAUCCCGGCGCUCGUCGCAGGUGACGGUGAACACGGCGGGCAGACUUUCUACUCAUCACCAGACUUUCGCAAAGAGUCCCCUGGGUAGUGUUGCCCACACGCCUCCCGACACUGUGACAGGCGCCACGGCCGUCGCGGACGAGAGUCUUCGGAAUCAGCUUUCUGCCGCUCAUCCGCCCGCCGGCCAAAGCGACAGCAACAUUAACCGCAUGAGCCGGGUAGUGGAGGAAGAUGACAACGCCGCCCCUGCUCCUAUUGUGCGGAAACGCGAGCCUAAAGCAGCAGCUGCGGCCGCAGGGCCGAAGAGGAAGAGCUUCUUUGGUAUUCCGCUGGGGAAGCCGAAGAGGGUUCUUGCUACGUGAUUGACUUUUUCUUAUGUGGCUGUACUUAAUGUUGAUGAGCGAUCUUUGCUGUAAUUAUAAUGUCUUGACGAAUGGAGGGCGAGGGAGGCGAGGCGAGAGAGAGAGAGAGAGGUGAUCAGCACGCCGCGACGUGAACUGGCCGAGCCGAUGAAAAAAAGUUCUGUAAUAAGGACGGUGUAGAAGAUGUCUGUCUAUACGAACG